UCACAGUUAGUCGAUUGGCAGCUUCUGUUGCCAGUGAAAGGGGCCAUUGGUUACUUUCCGUCGCUUUUUGCUUUGCGACAGCAAGUCGACCUGCGUCCUAAAUUCGGCGAAAUCUAUACGCUCGGAUCGUUACGUGAGAGUAGCGGCCGACUGUCAGGGUUACGGUUAAAACGAUGUGUGAGAGUUGGACAGGGUGUCGCAAGUGGCUGGCGAACAGUUGAAGAGGAACGUCAAGAAUGUGCAAGACGCCCAGAAUCUGACAGGUUUUCUCUGCACGUUUAAAUUGCUCUCGUUGUUGGCUUACCGAAAGUCGCCGGUCUGUUUUUAAUUGGUGCGGACAAGUCAAGUUAUCCCUUUAUUUACUGUCCAAAUUACAGGCCAGUCAGUUUGUUAAAUGUAUGUCCCAGUGGAAAACCUUCAGCUAUGUAGAUGUGGUUGGCUUCAAUGCAAGGUGACUGCUAAUUCUUUAUUCACCUUUUGAUUUGCUUUGAGGCCAUGAAGGCAGCUAACAUCACCAGUGAGAUACUACACCGGCAAAUAAAGGAUAGUCGAGUUUUGGGAUUUCAACGCCGUUACCAUGUGACAGAUCCAUUCAUUAAACGUUUGGGUUUAGAGGCAGAAUUGCAGGGACAUUCUGGAUGUGUGAACUGCCUUGAAUGGAAUGAAAAAGGAAAUUUAUUGGCCUCUGGUUCAGAUGAUCAGCAUGCCAUUGUCUGGGAUCCCUUCCACUAUAAGAAACUCCUAACUAUGCAUACAGGCCAUUCUGCUAACAUUUUUUCAGUCAAGUUCUUGCCCCAUUCAGAAGAUCGCAUUCUUAUUACUGGAGCUGCAGACUCCAAAGUUCAUGUUCAUGAUCUCACAGUGAAGGAAACUAUUCAUAUGUUUGCUGAUCAUACCAAUCGGGUGAAAAGAAUUGCAACAGCCCCGAUGUGGCCAAAUACUUUCUGGAGUGCAGCGGAAGAUGGAAUCAUAAGACAGUAUGAUCUUAGAGAGAGCGGCAAGCGAUCAGAAGUAAUGAUUGACCUUACAGAGUAUUGUGGGCAGCUAGUAGAGGCUAAGUGUUUAGCAAUCAAUCCUCAAGACAACAAUUAUCUGGCUGUCGGAGCCAAUGGACCCUUUGUGCGGCUGUAUGAUAUUCGAAUGAUCCAUAGUCAUAGGAAAUCUGUAAAUCAGAACACAUCAGCCAGUGUCCACACAUUUUGUGAGCGUCAAAAAACAAUUCCUGAUGGAGCUGUACAAUAUUAUGUAGCAGGUCAUCUACCAGUUAAACUACCUGAUUAUAGUAACCGGCUGAGGGUUUUAGUAGCUACGUAUGUCACAUUCAGCCCAGAUGGGACAGAACUGUUAGUUAAUAUGGGUGGUGAGCAGGUAUAUUUGUUUGAUUUGACUUUUAAACAGAGACCGUAUACAUUUCUAUUACCAAAAAAAAGUCAUUCUUCAGGAGAAGUCCAAAAUGGUAAAACAUCAACAAAUGGGGUUUCAAAUGGAAUUCACCUACCAAGCAACAAAUUCAGAUUGUCCGAAAGUAAAAUCAUUAGCAACCUGCAAGUAGAUUUACCACCUUAUUUAGAAAAAAUUAAACAACAGGCAAAUGAUGCUUUUGCUCGACAGCAGUGGACUCAGGCUAUCCAGCUGUACAGUCGGGGUAUCAAGGAUGCUUCAAAAAAUGCAAUGCUAUAUGGGAACAGGGCAGCUGCUUAUAUGAAACGGAAAUGGGAUGGAGAUCAUUAUGAUGCUCUGAGAGACUGUGUUAAAGCCAUUUCACUGAACCCAGGUCACCUGAAAGCACACUUUCGACUUGCACGCUGUCUCUUCGAACUGAAAUAUGUGGCAGAGGCUCUAGAAUGCUUAGAUGACUUCAAGGGAAAGUUUCCUGAACAGGCCCACAGCAGUGCAUGUGAUGCCCUUGAUAAGGACAUUAAAGCUGCGCUAUUCUCCAAAAGUGACAACUCUGAUGAUAAGAAGAGUGGAAGUUCAAUUCGAUUCCGAACAAUUGGCAGAAAAGAUUCUGUUUCUGAUGAUGAAGUAAUUUUGCGAGAGAGAAGUUUUGAUUACAAACACAGAUACUGUGGGCACUGCAAUACUACUACAGAUAUCAAAGAAGCAAACUUCUUUGGCAGCAAGGGACAAUACAUUUUAAGUGGGUCAGAUGAUGGAUCUUUCUUCAUUUGGGAAAAAGAAACAACAAAUCUUGUUCGAAUUCUUCAGGGAGAUGAAUCUAUAGUGAAUUGUCUUCAGCCUCAUCCUAGCUACUGUUUUUUGGCCACUAGUGGCAUUGAUCCUGUAGUGCGACUUUGGAAUCCUCGGCCUGAGAGUGAAGAUAUAAAUGGACGUGUAGUAGAAGACAUGGAGGGGGCAGCACAAGCUAAUCAACGGAGGAUGAAUGCUGACCCUCUUGAGGUGAUGUUGCUAAACAUGGGCUACCGGAUUACAGGACUUAACAGUGGAGGAACUGAUGGAUCAGAUGAUGAAGAUGGCACAGAAGGGCAUGUUCAGUGUCGACCCAGUUAGAACUAGAUGUGGCUGAAGAAUUUGCUCAAAGUGAAAUCUGUCAGACUAGAACCUGAUGGGGCUUUUUCCUUUGUGAUAGACUGAGCAGUGGAUGAAAGCCUACCUUUGUUCUACACUAUGCACUCGAUGUAAUACAUAAUAGUGUAAAUUUCUGCAAGUUACCUGUUUCUGCUAAGGACAGCUAAAAUGUAAGAAAUUAGAAAGGGGUGAAAUAUAUAUCAAUUCAGAAAGAAAUGAAAAAUCUAGAUUUUUUUUUAUACUUACUGUACUUUGGUAAUUUGCGCUCGAGUUUGAGUUUUGUACCCUUACAUCUUGCUAAACAGGGCAUGCUGCAGCUUUGCACCUUUUAAAUUUGUAUUGGAUAAAGAUGUUUACUUGGGUUCCCUUGAGAAAGUGUAGUACUGUUGAUUUCAGUUGCCUAUAGUGAUUAUUACAGGUUAAAACCAAAUAUACUGUGCGACGAGACAGAAGAGUUAAUAAGAGCCCAUAUACUGGACAGUUUGUUUUGAAGCAUACCUAGCAGUAUAUUUUUCCCAACUAUUAAAAUUACCUUUUUUGAGAAUUCAGCUAAAGAAAAAUAGAAGUGUGUAUGCAAGCAGGGCCUAUUUAAAAGUUUUCUUUUUUUGUACUAAAGUUGGAAUUUCAGCAAGCAUGUGGUGUGCUUGUAUGUUUUAAGGUGUAGUUUUUUGAAAUGAGCUACAAGUAUAAAUCUGCAGGGUUCACAACAAUAUGUCUUUACUUAAAAAGAGCUAACAGCAUGUUUCAAAUAGUGGCAUCAAUUUAGCUAAAACCUGAAAUGCUCUAAAAACAUUUCAAGAAAUUUAUCUGAACGAUGCUACUGGUACACCUGAGUAAUAAUGACGCUUUUUAGUUGUAAUGAGGUUUAAAUUUAUGUACAUAUAUAGAGCAAAUACAAAGUCUGCAUUUAUAUUUGGAAAAAAUAGGAAUAGGUGUCCAAAAACAAAAAAUAUAUCAAUGAAUGCACUUACUGUAGUAUUUUUCUUGUAACAUUAGAUUUACUUUACACAAACUGUGUUUUGAAAAAGGAUUCCUCCUGCACUGUAUGGAUACUGUGGAGCUCCAGGUAGAAAACCAAUCAUCGUACAGUAGUUAAAUCAAAAUGACCUAGAGUGAGCACCCUGAAACAGCUUGAAAAGCAAUGGCGUGUGCGGUGGUUAAAGCAGUUGACCAGAUACAUUACUCUGACUCUCAUGAAUGUACCCUGCUCAGGAUAAUAUUAGAUAUUAUUUAUUAUUAUCACAGCAACUUUAGUUUGUAUUUCUUAUCUUGUCAGUUAAUUUUAUAGGAACAUAGUAAUCUGAAAUAUAUUAAAUACUUGUUUUAAUGGGUUUAUGUUUCACUUAAAUUAACCCUUGUUACACAGAUGUGCUGCCAACCAGCAAUGGUUUCAGUUUUGAGAGGUUAGCAGUUGCUUCCAUACUAAGAAAAAUUAAACUAUCCCAUACAUCUUUUAAGUACAUGUACAGUUUUGAAAGUAAUAGCAGUCAUCCAUUUUUAUUUAAAUAACUAUUAUUGUAGUGUCAUAGAGACUUUUAGUGGUACCUGCUUACAAAUUUGUAUUAAAUUCAAUGCAUUUUAUAAAUCUCAGUGCCUCGUCUGGGGUUUUAAAGUCGUACAUUCAUGAUGCACAGUUUUCCAGUUUAUCAUUUGUGUUCCAAGGCAAUAUGUGUCUAGAACACCCAGAGUAAUUAAAGCCUAAGUGCUUGGAGGUUUUAUUUUAAGCAGAUCACUUGGUCGUAUCAGCUUUUUAUGCUUUAAAUAUCACGAGUUUGUCCUUAUCAUGCGUUUUGCUCUGUUGAGCCAUGCCGGCAGUUAUGUUUGUCUUUAUUUUUAAUUUUAGUAAAUUAUAUACAUUACUCUAUUUAUUGAUCACUGGACUUUAAACAAGUCUGCUGUGUCUCUGCCACAUAAAAUUUGCAAUGAGAAAUGUAUAAAAUUAAAAAUUAUACAAAGUAUUUUCCUGAAAGCAGCUUCAGACUAGCUAAGUAGGAACAUAUGCAGAACAGGAUAAUCAAUUUAUAGGAAUACAUUAUUAGGAUUAUUUCUCCAAAUAUGUAAAGUGCUGCACAUGUGACUGUCUUAAAUUAGCUUUUCAACUGUCACUUCACAGCACUUAAGAACACACAGCAUAUCGUAUUCAAAAGAAGUAGUAAAUGUAAUUUAUGAGGUAUAAGAGUGUCAGGCGUGCUCUGCUUGAUCACCUCUUCUCACCGUAACGCUUCAUAUUUGGGGGAAAAAUUAUGGACACCUCCCUGUGUUGGGACUUUGUUGCUUUGUCAGGAAUAAUUCUUUGGAGUGUUCUACCCAGUAACCUAGCUUUGGGAUUCUUGGUCUAAACCUGUUAAUAAAAAAGAGGGAAACUAUUUUAUUUGCUGUAGUAUAUGGCACCAUUAGUUUAUUUAACGUUCUUUACAAAAGCAUCAGAAAUACAUUUCUCAGGAAAGCAUGCUUGUAUUAAGUCAGAUAGUGAUGAUGUAUCAGUACUUUAUUUGUGUCACAUUUUAAUACUGAAGAGAAUAAUGAAAAUAGUAAAAGGGACUAAACAGUUCACUAAAACAUCUAAAGUUGCCAAAAAUCAUACACAUUUUCUCAUUCCACUGUCUCUGGGUAAAGGUUUGUCACUCAUCAGACUUCUUAGUAAAACGGGUUCCUCUAGCCAAAGUUGCGCUAUUGAUCUGUAUCAGCUACUCAUAAUUAAGCCAGCAAUCCGAUGAACUCAUUUAUACUUCUGUCCUUACUCAACCACAAAAAUGAAAGAUUUAUCAACAUUUUUAAAUAUGGUGUGUGUCCCACUUGUUUUCAUUUUGAGACUGGUCAUCACUUUCUAGCCACACUGUAAGCUAUUAUGUGUUUUUUUUUUUGGGUUUUUUUUUCCUUUUCAAAGAAAGGAGCAAAUGUUAUGAAGCACGAGCUUUGCAUCAUAAUUAUCAAUCUGGUUAUAAAUGUAGCUGUUACAUACUGUUAGCACUCUAAAAUAAUCAAACAAAGUUGUUGUCCAUUGUCAAACUCCACAAAAGUGUAAAAAAAAAAAAAAUAGUUAACGAUUGAA